AUGACAAAUUACUUGGAAGUGAAAUGUAAAGUCAUCGUUAUUGACAGCGGAACCGAAUACCAAAAGUUAAAGGGGUACUCAUUUGAAGACCACAGGAAGAGCGUGAACGAUGCCUUGGUGAACUAUGCCAUUGAUGACAUCACGAAGUUUUGGAUGGUGCUGAAUUCAUGGGAUAUGUUGAUCAUGCUACGCGAUUAUGAACCCACACCACCGAGUAGAAUCGAAAAGCUUAACGUCUUCUCCAUUGACGGGUCCGAUCUUGGAUGGAGCAGAUUGGUGACGACAUCGACAACGAGAAUAGUUGGUACUCAUGCUGACAUGCUUUCUGAGAAGUAUUGCCAUGAUCUCGCCAAUGAAAUCGUUGGAGUAUUGUCUCGGAACUAG